UUUGUUCCGUUGAUGGUGAAUUUCACAAGGCAUCAAACUGUCAUAUGAGAGAUGGGAGAAGCUAUCACCAAGAAGAUUAAUGAUUCAAUUGAGCAGGUUGAUCAAACGAUAUAUGAUUGGGUUACAGGAUAUGUUCUUGACCUUGUUGUUUGGGCAAGGAAUCUUGUGGGUUCAUUAUCAAUGUAAGAAACUAAACCAGCACGGAGAUUAAUGAUUUCACUUUUGGUACUUCAUAAGCGCUUCCUUUUCUUUUAGGCUCUCAGGCUUGGCUUACCGAGAAUCAUCAUCUCAGACAGUUCAACUGUGGUGGAUUUCUGCCAUCACUUGAGAGUACAAAUGAAGUUCAUCUCGAUCGUUCAUCCAUGGGAGAAUAUGCAAGCCGAUUCAGCAAACAAAGUUAUACUAGUCGGGAUAAAGAAAAAACUAGACAACACCAAAGGACUAUGGGCCGAAUAGCUCCAAAAGGUGAAUUAUUUACUGAUGUGGUUGGAAGCCCAUACUAUGUGGCCCCUGAAGUUUUGCGGAAGAACUAUGGUCAAGAAUGUGAUGUUUGGAGCGCUGGGGUGAUCAUUUAUAUUUUACUCAGCGGCGUUCCCCCAUUUUGGGAUGAAACGGAACAAGGAAUAUUUGAGCAAGUAUUGAAAGGAGAGCUUGAUUUUCAAUCUGAACCAUGGCCCAGCAUAUCUGCCAGUGCAAAGGAUCUUGUUCGAAGAAUGCUUGUAAGGGACCCUAAGAAGCGGUUGACGGCACAUGAAGUUCUUUGCCAUCCUUGGGUUCAGGUUGGAGGUGUUGCUCCUGAUAAACCACUUGAUUCCGCUGUUUUAUCUCGCUUGAAGCAAUUCUCUGCUAUGAACAAGCUCAAGAAAAUAGCCAUUCGAGUAAUUGCGGAAAAUCUGUCCGAGGAGGAAAUUGCGGGACUGAAAGAAAUGUUCAAGAUGAUAGACACAGAUAAUAGCGGACAGAUCCCUCUUGAGGAACUGAAAAAAGGUUUAGAGAGAGUAGGUUCCGUUCUAAAGGAUUCCGAAAUUACCUUAUUAAUGCAAGCGGCAGACAUUGAUAAUAGUGGUACCAUAGACUAUGGUGAAUUCAUAGCAGCUAUGCUUCAUCUAAACAAGGUCCAGAAGGAGGAUCAUCUAUUUGCAGCCUUUAACUACUUUGACAAAGAUGGUAGUGGAUACAUUACGAAGGAUGAACUUCAACAAGCCUGUCAACAGUUUGGCUUACAAGAAGAUCAUCUAGAUGAUAUAAUACGUGAAGCUGAUAAGGAUAAUGACGGACACAUUGACUACAGUGAAUUUGUUGCAAUGAUGCAAGACACUGAUUUUGGCAAAAAGGGGAUACAAACAUCAUGAGAACAAUUUUGGAUGCCUUCAGGCAUUGGUAAACUAUUGAUCUUGCCAAAUGAGGAUUUUACAGAUAACAUUGAGCGAGUUUCUUCUCUUCUAGAGGAUAAGUUGUUUAAGUGAACGCCCUUAGAAGCUGUUUGAGAUUCAGGGAGAGAAAGCAUGAAUGGCCUGCUAAUUAUAGUGUUUAUGUAUUUAGUAUUUACAACUUUUAAAAAUAUAAGUACAGAUUUUCCUUUUGAACCUUUUACCCUCUUUUGGGGUAAACGGAUGGUAGAAUGAUUUCUCAGCAUGUGAUCUAGCACUGUUCUAUCUAGUGUUGAGCAUCAAAAUUGGGAACAAGUUUCUUAUGGAUAUGUUGAAGGACACACAAUUAUGCAGUACGAAUGCUCUUCCAGCCGUGCAUGCGUCGUGUUUUUCUUGGAUGCCUUUCGAUGUUAUUUACAAUCAGUCUCAAACCAUGUGCUCAUGGCGCGAAUAUCAUAUUGUAUCAAUCAUGUACCCUGUUUGCAUUCAUGUAUAGAGUUAAGCCCGUUGUACUUUUUGGUUAGUAUUGUUUCAUUUUAAGUGUAUGCACUCCAAACAGUAUUUUUUGUAAUGUGAUAAUGUAUUAUUUUUGCCAA